UGGACGCAUAUCUAUGGACAGUUGGAAAGGCUUGACAGGGAAAUGAUCAGAGGGUAUUCGGAGGAUAUAGAUAGCUUAUUGAUCUUCGCCGGUCUAUUCUCCGCAGUCCUCACGGCAUUCCUUGUGGAACUAUACAAGCAACUACAGCCGGACCAGAACCAACUGACACUUCAGAUCCUAUCCGACAUAUCUCAACAGCUCAGUGAAAUGUCGCAAGGAAAUGCUACUUCGCCUUCGGAUGCUCUGAAGCAACCGUUCCAUGACCCAACACAUGUAGUGGCUAUCAACACUCUGUGGUUUCUGAGUCUCGUACUCGCUCUCGGAUCCGCUCUCGUCGGCAUCAUCGUCAAACAGUGGCUCCGAGAGUACAUUGUAUGGCCUACCGUUUCUCCUGUGCAGCACGCCCUACAACUUCGUAGAUUCCGCUUUGACGCGUUCAAGAAAUGGAGGAUUCCAACGAUUGUGACCUUGGUCCCGAUACUCCUACAGGUGGCGGUCGUGCUAUUCCUUGGUGGACUCAUUACUCUCACUUGGACCUUGAAUCGCGCAGUAUUUGUGGUCGCGACCGUC